AUGGUUAGUGAUGUUAAACGUGUUAUUCUAGAGCAAAAAUUUGAUUCGGUCGAAGAUAGAGAAGCUUUCUACAAUGCGUAUGCUAAAGCCAAUGGAUUUAGUAUACGAAUAUCCAGUUUUAACACAAAUAAAGAGGGAAAGGUUGUCAGUAGGCUGUGGUUGUGUUCAAGGGAAGAUGUUGGUGAAUGGGGAAAGUAUGUUGUGGCUCACUUUGUCGCAGACCACAACCAUGAAUUGGCGGAACAACACUGUGUGAUGUAUCUGAGGUCACAUCGCAGUUUAAACAGCGUUGACAAAGCUCAAGCAAUGGCUAUGCGCAACGUCGGUGUGAAGACUAGCCAAAUCAUGGACUAUAUGGUAAAUCAAUCCGGGUCUUAUGAGAAUGUUGGUUUCAUCCAUACGGAUCUGCACAACCAUAUUCAAGCCGAACGUAGAGCAGAAGUUGAGGAUGGUGAUGCGCAGAAGGCGAUGGGCAAUAAAGCACCUGUGUCUGUAUUGACAGAUGGGGAUAAGGCGAUGCGAGAGGCAAUCAGAAGAGUAUUUCCAGACGCAAGACAUCGAUUAUGUAAUUGGCAUGUUGGGAAAAAUGAUGUUUCAAAUGUUCACAAAAGUGGUUUUGCACAUGCUUUCAAGCAGUGCAUGGACAUGGAAACGGAUGAGACAAAGUUUGAGCAUGGCUGGACGACAAUAGUCGAAAAAUUUGGACUUCAAACCAACAGUUGGGUGUUGGAGACACAUGAGAAGCGUCAUAUGUUGGCUGAGCCAUAUAUGCGUGGACAUUUCUUUGCUGGGAUGAAGAGCACUCAACGCUCGGAGAGUAUGAAUGCUUAUUUCAGUCCCUUCCUCCAACACAAAUUGAAGUUAUAUGAAUUUUUUAGGCACUAUGAUCGGGCUUUUGCAAGGAUAAGGUAUAACGAGGCUGGAGAUGAUGCUGAAACAAAUAACACUUUUCCGAAAAAAGGGAAGUUAAAUGUCAAGGAUGUGUUCCUUUUGCCGGAUGGUCAGAAAUGCUACUAUAUUCAUAAGUACAAAGUGAAGGAUAGAUCAUGGAUAGUAACACAUAGUCCAGUGGAUGCUGCAAUGAGAUGUUCUUGCAUGAAGUUUGAGUCGUUGGGGCUACCUUGCUGUCCCAUGAUAUGUGUUAUGAAAGCCAAAAAUUUAACGCAAAUUCCCCCAACUUGUGUGCUGCAUAGAUAG